UCGAGAGAUUGGAUGAAAAUGUCUGAAAAGAUUGCAGACAAUCUCUCGAUAAGAAAGACGAGAUAGAAUGGGUUGACCGGAUAAAGUGACAAAGUCACGGGAUGAAGAAUACUGACUCGGGAAAUGAGGGCGAGGGCUAGGGUAGGCUAUAAGAUAGACCACGGGCAAAAGACAUCCUCAUUGUCAUCCACACCCUUAGAAGAUCACAGUGCAGAGCGAAAGAAGAGCAGCAGUAGUCAGCAGCGAUGGCUUUCAUUCAUAGAUUCGACCGUGUUCGCCGAUUCCAGCGACCAGCAGAUGCAGGAGAGCCGGAGUAUCUGCCUAUGUUGGAGUCACGGGAGAGAUUCCCAUCGACUCAGAGGUUGCGACCAGAGUUGUCGAUUCAAGAGAGAAUUGUUGUUGAGGAGAUGGGUCUCACACAUGUGCUAUCUGUGCCUGAGUUUCGGGCAAACAUGGGUUUGCUGACUACACUGGCGGAGAGAUGGCACUCCGAGACUUGUACGUUCCAUUUGCCUAUGGGAGAGAUGACAGUGACGCUGGAGGAUGUGUACAGGAUACUACAUAUACCGAUCGAUGGAGAGCUGAUUCCAUAUGAUCGUGACGGAGACAGGGAGGCACUGAGACGAGUAUUUCAGGAUCCCGGUUUGGAGAUGAGAGCAGGUCACGUGGCAUGGGAUACCAUGACCGCUACAGGUUUAGCUUUGCCAGCUGUUAUUGGAGGAGCCAUCAGUGGCUAUUUGUGUCCAGACAGGGCUACACGGGGAUUGGCAGUUGGCUGGGGAGGAGCAUUGGAGACUCUGGUGACUGAGCACACCAGAUAUGCAUGGGGCCCAUGUGUCCUGGCACAUUUGUACUAUGAGCUGCAUCAGUUUGUUUACCACGGAUCAGUGGGCUUGGGCUGCGGAGUUACUCUCUUACAGGUGUGGGCAUAUGAGCACCUUCCUAUUACACGGCCUAUCCACUUCAGAGGCAGAGGGCAGGGACGGAGCUUUGUGCAUUUAUACGAUAUGAUUACGUCACAGCCUCGGAUUGGUUGACUGGAGCAU